AUAAAUCAAAAAUCAGUCCGUUUUCUACUUUCAUCUCACCCACAUCCCAACUUCAUCACCAACUUUUCACCAUGCUCGCCUGUAAAUUAGAUAUAUUGAUUCACCCUACCUCAUUCUCCGAACCAAAUCUUCAGAAAGAAGAGAAAAAACGCGGGAAACUAAAAUUUCGAUUUCCAUGGCGAAUCAACAUGUUGGCCAGACCCAAACCGCCCCCGAACAAGAAGUAUCAGCCGCCUCCGCGCCGAGUCUACAAAGAAUUCGGACCUUUAGACCCAAUCACGGAAUUCUUCAGUGACCAAAUUUACAGACCGCCGCUCCGGGUUCUCCACACGAACAAAACCAUGUUCAAAGACGUUAAAGGUCCAGAGUAUGUGAAACGAAUGAACAGACUCAUUGACAGAACCUGGGACUCCAUCUACAACUUCUACACCAAGAAGUUGAGAGAUAGGCGUGUCAAGCGACUGGAGCGCAAAAAAGCCAAAAUACAGGCGAAGAAACCCAAAGGUAAAGAUCUAGAAAAAGUCCAAAAUAUUAGGUCGGAAUGGCUGGUGAAAAUUGCCACUGCCAAGAAACCGCCGAAGCCACCUGAGAUACCUAGAAAGAAAAAAGCGCUCGAAGAUUUGGCGCCCUUCAUCGACAAUCUCGCUUUGCCCAAAGAGUAUCACAUAUUGAAACCUAAAGAGCUGGGGAUCGUCAGUUCCAAAGCUUUGUUGUACGAAAUCACGCCGAUUGUCCAAAAACUAGCUUUACUACCUGACCGACUGAAAAUACGUCCGGAAGAUUUGAUAGAUCAUUGGGCCAUCAAGCGGUCCGCUUUAACAGCCAAGUGUACUCCGCGCAUCGAAAAACUGGCGCAGCCGUCCUUCAGUGCGCGCGAAGCUAGGAAACACGAAGAGGAUAAGUUCGAUCCGUGGGCGAUUUCGCCCAAUGCCCUCAAGUACAAAGCGUCGGCGAGGAUUCUGGAGCUGGCCAAGCCACUGGAAAGGGAAUAGUUUUAGGUAUUUACAAUUUAUUGAUCUAAAGUUAUGGACGCAAAUAACAUUGUAUAACAAAACAAGCAUUAAAUAAUUCUCGCAAUGAAA